GCCCCGCCGCGCCGGCCUGCAGAAGCCCGCCGGUCUCUGUGACUCGCCCCCGGCCCUGUGCUGCUUCGCCGCCCGCCGCCAUGGACUCAUACGCCCCGCAUCCGCUGGGGCUGCCCCGCGCGCGCCUCUCCGGCAGCUCCGGCCGUGGGUUGGCCUCUGUCAGCUGUAGCCGACUCCGCCAGGUUCAGAGCAUCCUAACCCAGGGCAGCAAGUCUCGACCUGAUGGAAUUCUCUGCAUCCUAGGAAUAGAUAGCAGGUACAACGAGGGCUGCAGAGAGCUGGCAAAUUACCUUCUGUUUGGUUUAUACAGCCAGAAUACCAAUGAUUUUGAGAAAACGGGAUUUUCUGAAGAAGUUCUAGAUGAUGUGAUUAUAUUGAUUAAAUCAGAUAGUGUCCAUCUGUACUGUAAUCCUGUCAACUAUCGCUAUCUUUUGCCCUAUGUGGCACAUUGGAGAAAUCUGCAUUUCCACUGCAUGACCGAAAACGAGUAUGAAGAUGAGGAGGCUGCAGAAGAAUUUAAGAUUUCCAGCUUUGUGGACAUGGUUCGAGACUGUAGUAGAAUUGGUAUUCCUUAUAGCUCCCAAGGUCACUUGCAGAUAUUUGAUAUGUUUGUGGUGGAGAAAUGGCCAAUUGUACAGGCCUUUGCACUUGAGGGCAUUGGAGGAGAUGGAUUUUUUACCAUGAAAUAUGAGUUGCAAGAUGUAAGUUUGAAUCUGUGGAGUGUCUACAGCAAAAUGGAUCCAAUGUCUCUGGAGAAUUUGCUUUCUGAAGAUUUGGUGGCCUUUGAACAUCAGUGGACAAGCUUUUUUGCUAAUUUUGACACAGAAAUUCCUUUCUUGCUGGAACUUUCUGAAUCUCAGGCUGGUGAGCCAUUCAGAAGUUACUUCAGUCAUGGAAUGAUCUCCAGCCAUAUUACUGAAAACAGUCCUCAUCGGCAGCCAUUUGUUCUCUUUGGUAACCACUCCACACAAGAAAACCUGAAUGCUGGCAACUUUAACUUCCCUUCUGAAGGGCAUCUGGUUCGGAGCACUGGUCCUGCAGGGAGCUUUGCCAAACACAUGGUAGCCCAGUGUGUCUCACCAAAGGGACCUCUAGCAUGUUCAAGAACAUACUUUUUUGGAGCUACUCAUGUUCCUUACUUGGGUAGUGAUUACAAGCUGCCAAAGAAGACCAAACAAGUUAGACUCUUAUCCCAGAUAUAUGCUGCUGUUAUUGAUGCUGUUUUGGCUGCCAUUGCAUGCUACACUAAAACUUCCAGUCUGGCAAAGGCCAAGGAGGUAGCAGAAUAUACCCUGGAAUCUGGGUUAGAGUGCAUUGAGUUGGGUCAGUUUAAGGCAGACCUACGCUCCAGGAUGACUUUUCAUAUACAUGCUGUGAAUAACCAGGGAAGAAUUGUGCCUCUGGACAAUGAAGAUAACUUAUCCUUUGUGAAAACCGCUUGUAUGACUGUCUAUGACAUUCCUGACUUUCUGGGAGGAAAAGGAUGCUUAGGAUCUGUGGUCUUCUCAGAAUCAUUUUUGACUUCUCAGAUCUUGGUUAAAGAAAAGGGUGGCACUAUUAUCCCAGAGACCAGCUACAUUGUCCUGACAGCUGUCAUACCCAGAUUCUGCUCCUGGUUGGUAGAAGAUAAUGAAGUAAAAUUGUCUGAGAAAACCUUGCAAGAAAUGAAGGCAGAAGAAUGUUUCCUGGGCACUUUCCUAACAGGAGGAAAAGGAGCAUAUCUGUAUUCCAGCAACUCACAGUCCUGCCCUGAGGAAGGGGAUGUACAUUUCUUCUCAAGAGGCCUUCUGUUUUUUCACCGUCAUCAUGGAAGUAUCAUCAUUUCCAAGGAUUACAUAAAUUCUGUUUCCUUCUAUGAUGGGAAUUCCACCAGUAUAGUGGCUGCCCUUCUCAUAGACUUCAGAAGCUCAUUACUUCCUCAUCUUCCAGUUCAGUUCCAUGGAUCAAGCAAUUUUCUGAUGAUUGUCCUUUUCCCCAAAUCAAAGAUAUAUCAAGCAUUUUACUCAGAGGUCUUCUCCCCCUGGCAACAGCAGGAUAACCCAGGGCUCUCUUUAAAAGUGAUCCAGGAAGACGGAUUAUCUGUGGAACAAAAGCGAUUGCAUUCCAGGGCACAAGAGUUCUUCAGUGCCCUGAGCCAUCCUGCUGGAGAGAAGUGGAGCUCUCUAAAGCUGCUCUCAGCCAAACUUCCAGAGUUGGACUGGUUUCUUCAGCAUUUUUCUGUUAGCAGCAUUAGUCAGGAGCCUGUGAUGCGAACCCAUCUUCCAGUCCUGUUGCAACAAGCUGAAAUCAGCCCUGCUCACAGAUUAGAAAAUGACAAGGUAAUCAUCAACAUUGUAACUGGCCUCCCUGGCUGUCAUGCUAGCCAGCUCUGUGCUUUUCUGGUCACUCUGCAUAAAGAAUAUGGCAGGUGGAUGGUGUACCGCCAAAUCAUGGACAGCUCUGAAUGUUUUCAUGCUGCCCACUUCCAAAAAUACCUUUCCAGUGUCCUGGAGGCCCAACAGAAUCGCUCCGCCCGUCAGUCAGCUUAUAGCCGAAAGAAGACCAGGCUGCUGGUGGUAUUACAAGGCUACACAGAUGUUAUUGAUGUUGUUCAGGCCCUGCAGACUCACCCAGACAUAAAUGUCAAGUCCUGUUUCAGCAUUGGUGCCAUCACAGUGUGUGUGGAGCCCCUGAGUUGCUACAUGGAGCACAGGUUUCUCUUUCCUAAAUGUCUUGACCAGUGUUCACAAGCACUGGAAAUCAAACUCAAGAUCUUAUGUAUACUAGGCUUAGUGAAUAACGUGGUAUUUACCAGUCAUACUAUGGAGCAGAGGCACCCACUUCUUGUUCAGCUGCAGACCCUCAUCAGGGCUACCAAUCCUACUGCAGCCUUCAUUCUUGCAGAAAAUGGAAUUGUUACCAGGAAUGAAGAUAUUGAGCUCAUUCUCUCAGAAAAUAGUUUUUCAAGUCCUCAGAUGCUGCGAUCUCGAUACUUAAUGUUUCCUGGCUGGUAUGAAGGUAAAUUUGAUGCUGGAUCCGUCUUUCCACUAAUGGUUCAGAUCUGUGUAUGGUUUGACCGUCCACUGGAGAAAACUCGCUUUGUGACCAAGUGUAAAGCAAUUCAGUCUUCUAUCAAGCCAAGUCCCUUCUCUGGAAACAUCUACCACAUCCUUGGCAAAGUGAAGUUUUCAGACUCUGAAAGGACAGUGGAGGUCUGCCACAACACUCUGGCCAACUCCCUGAGCAUUGUGCCGAUUUUGGAGGGACCCACGCCACCCCCUGACUCAAGAAGCACACCUCAAGACAACAGACAGCCAGACUGCUACCUCGUGUUCAUCGGCUGCUCCCUAAAGGAGGACAGCCUCAAAGACUGGCUGCGACAAUCAGCUAAGCAGAAGCCUCAGAGGAAAGCUCUGAAGACCAGGGGGAUGCUGACCCAGCAGGAGAUCAGAAACAUCCAUGUCAAACGCCACUUGGACCCCCUACCUGCAGGCUACUUUUACAAUGGCACACAGUUUGUUAAUUUCUUUGGUGACAAAACUGAUUUUCACCCACUCAUGGACCAGUUCAUGAAUGAUUAUGUAGAAGAAGCCAACCGGGAGAUCGAGAGGUACAAUGAAGAGCUGGAACAGCAGGAAUACCAUGACCUCUUUGAGCAGAAGCCCUAGAGAAAGCUGAGACAAGACCCACUAUAUAUGGAUGAAUGAAUGGGUCUCCAACCCCAGCUCUCCUGAAGGCCCCUCUUAAAGGGACUGUCUCUGUCCUCCUUGAUCUAUGCUUGCCGGCUUAGUACAUGUUGUCUUUAUUCUCUGUUCUCUUGUGCAGCACUGAAAGGCAUCACCUGCACCGCUAAGAGGGGUGGUACACGGGGGUGAGCAACUAGGACUGCCCUGUAUGUGCUGGCAGUUCAGGCCCUCUGGGUCUCUGGUAAAAGAAUCUCCCUUGGGCCACUGAGACACUGUGAGGGUGAAGGAGAUACCUUUAGAUUGCACAGUGGAACUGAUAGGACUUAAUUCCACCUAAGAGGACCUCUGGUUACCUAAGUAGUGGCCAGGCUGCGAUCCAUAGUGCCUUCUAAAUGAUGGCAUCUCCCUUGUGGACUAAAUGGAAGGAAGAUAUGAUGCUUUCCAGAAAUGUGAGGCUCUUGAGUUAAUGGCAGCAUUCCCCUGGGACUGGUCCUUAAGCUCUCCUGUGGCAUCACUUGGUUCUCUAAUUCAGGACCAAAAGCAAGCCUGCUGCCGAAGCCCCUAGCAGUGUCUCACCUCCCCGUCAAGGGGAGUAUCCUACAACUGGUUAGUCUUGGUCCCAAGAUCUGGUCAUUUGGUGGGUUUUGGUAUCUAGCACCCAGCUUCCCCAUCCCCUGCCAUGGAGGCGAUACACUUUAGGAAACUUCCCCCAAACAUUACUCCUUACCCUAGAGUUAUUUAUUUGGCUCCUGAGGACCAAGAAUCUAAAAGAAUCCUAAUAUCCAAAUUAGAAUUCCCUUCAGUGAUUUUAUUUUUGGUUUAACCAUACAGAAGAGGUAAACUAAUUUGUGUCCACCUUCAUAAUUAGUGUGGGGGACAAUGUACUAGACACUAAAGGUGAUGUCUACUAGGACUGAAUGCCUCAGCUGAUUGGACUGUAAAUGUUUUCUGAAUUUCGUGUACUUUUUGCAUGCCUUAGGAAGAAGCACAUAGGUCAAACCUGCAUAGUAUCCUGUAAUGUAGAGAGGCUUUGAGAAGGGGCCCUGGCACAAAGAGCCAGGAUGGAGCACAUGUGAUCCAUGUGUUUGGUCACACAGAGUUUUGCAAGCAGGUAGCAAAGCAGUCAUCAAGGGCUUGUCAGUAAAAUAUACAUGUAUUAGAAAAAAAAUUUUGAAACCAAAUGAACCAAACUACAAAUACCAUUGGAUGAGAAAUUUUGCAUUAAGAAAAACUUGUGAGAUUCUGACCCAUAUGCUCCAGUACUAGCUCUCAAAACCCCUGGUGACAAGGCCUCCUGUGAAGCUCAAGUCUGGGAACCCCUGACUUCUGGCUGGCCAGAGGCUGGGGCCCACAAAGGGCCUGCCUCUGCUUCAGAAUCAAUAACAUAGAUCUUAAGUGCAAUUGAUUAAUAAGCAAUGCAUUAUUGUAGCUUCCUUUAUCUUUACCAAGCUCUUUUUAAAAACUAAAACUUGAGCAGCCUUAGAAAAGGGAAGGGGGUGGGGUUACAGGGUGGAACUACAGGACCAUUUCAUUUCCUGCAGGGAUUGCUGUGAAAUUGUCAGUGGAAGCUCUGGAUGUCAGAGCUCUAGCCAUUUCCUGGAUGCCCUGGCCCUGGUAGUCCGGCUGCUGCACAAAAGAGUUUUUAAAGAGGGGUUGGAGCCCAUGUGAAAGUGGGCCUUCCCACCACGUGGGGCUGUAGUACAUGGUGAACUUGGUUUCUGACCACUGUCCAUAGAAAUGCUCUCUCACCGAUCUGCCCUACCGUCCCCAUUCCUCUCAUAGAGGGAAAACUGAUUACCUCAACUUGAAUAUUAAA